AAUCCGGCGCAUAACAACAAACGCUGCAGUACAGUGCGCAUUAAACGAUACCUGUGAUCUCGACAGCCAAUACUCCACGAUGAAGACCAUUCUACUCGUAGUUGCUUGUCUUCCAGCGCUAGCUUUUGGACUAGCGGUGCGGCCUUGUGCCAACAAUGCGCCCAUUCCUCAGGAUGUUCGCGUAAUCGGCUGCUCGGUAGAACCGUGUGUCAUUCCGAUCGGAGGUAUGGUCGAUAUGGACUGUGACUUCGUUUCGCCCCGUGCCACGCCAACAGUCCAGGCAACGCUCGACAUCUUUUUGGGAGAUUUCCGUGUACCGUACGAUCUACCCGUGGCUCAGCAGAAUGCAUGCAAUUUCUUCGAGGUGGGCAGCUGUCCGGUGGCACAGGGUGAGUUCAUCAACUACCACCUGAACACACCGGCGGCGGCACCGUUCGCGGGCAUCACCGUUGAUUUGCAGCUCCAGCUUACCGACGCUGAUGGACAACCACUGUUCUGCUUCCGUUCGUCUGCUCAGAUUGUGGCUGUGUAAAGCGUUUUGCUAUGUAGUACUCGGUAGCAUGUGUGAAUGAUUAGUACAA